AUGACACAGAUGGCGAGGACAACCCCAGACGCGGACGACGACAGUUCAACUUUGUCUUUCUCAUUCAAUCCCCCUCACUCCCACACUCCGACUCGGUCUGCAGAUGUUCCCUCAUCUUCUACUUUUGACUUCCCCCCGCCUGGUGAUACCAGGUUCACUUUCAACACUCCUCCCACUCCUCCCACUGCUGCUUCCUUCAGUUUCUCCCCACCGAAUACCAGUGGUUUCACCUUUGCCUUCACUCCCUCUUCAUCUGCAGACUCACAUUUCAUAAGUACGCCAGUCACCCAAGACCCUGCGACCCCGACCCGAUCAAGUAGUCGUAUAUUAACUCGGGCAACAACUACUUCAACGACACGCGCUCUCUUUUCGGCCCUUGAUAUUGAUCCCAACUCGCCCGAAGCGCCUGGAAAAUUAGCGCCCACUGAUCAUGGACAAUUUCGGAGGUCUAAUCUUUCUCCUAAUGCCAACGUGUCGACAUACAGAGAUCUCUACAACGCCACUCCGAGCCCGCAGCCUGGUCCUUCCAGUCGCCCAAAUCAAACAAACGCUCCAAACAUCGAUUCGCCGUCUCCCUCUAGCUUUCUAACUUCAGGAGUUCGUAACCUAAUAAUUCAGAGUAUUGAAACUUCGUCAACCGAGGGCGAAGGCGACGAAGAGGCUGAUAGCGGCUCUGACUUGGAUAGCGAUGAUGGAAGCGAUAAUGAUAGCUCCACGUACAACGUGCGGGAUGAAGAGCUUCCUGAUGCCCCAAUAUAUAAUGCUCAGUUGCAAAAUUCGCUGAGGGACGUGCAAAGCCAUCUCUCGGGCCUCGUGCGGUCGAUGCAGGCCUCCCAGAUGGUGCACGAUGGUACCACCCAUGUCAGCGAUCUUUACAGACAGGCCGAGACCGAGAGCAAAUUUGAGUACCCGCAAACUCGCAUAGUCGGUUUUAUUGGGGAUUCUGGUGUUGGUAAAAGUAGCCUCAUCAAUUCUCUUCUCGACUGUGGAGGGCUUGCACGUUCGAGUGGGAGCGGAGAGGCCUGCACUUCCGUCGUGACCGAGUUUCGACAAGUAGAUGAGACACAUCCGCACCCGUAUACUAUUGAGGCAGAUUUUAUGACGAUCGAUGAAAUGAUUGAACUUCUCCGCGAGUUAUUGAUGGCCUACCGGAUACGCCAUACCAGGGCUUUCAACGAAGAUCUCGCGGAGGGAGAGAGCGACAGAAUAACGAGAUUAUCGGAAAGGUCCUGGGCGACGUUGCAAUCGUUAUUCCCAAAUGAAGGAGAGCUGAGUGAAGCCCUUUUGUCAAAUGAGGAACUGGGUGCGGAGGACCGAAUCCUUGCACGUCUCGCGGAAUGGGCUAUGGCUGGGUUAAACCAUCGGCCUGGUGGACCAGAUGCUCUUCACUAUGCGAUUAGGGCACGGGAUAUACAUGACUGUAGGGAGAAUAUCGACAUACUUACUGUGGCAUCUCGCGAACAAGAACGGCCCGCACUUUGGCCAUUUGUGAAGCUAAUAAGGGUAUAUCUCAGGUCCGGCAUUUUACGAACCGGAUUGGUAGUGGCGGACAUGCCCGGAUUUCGAGAUAUGAACUACGCCCGGGUGCGAGCUACUGAGAAAUACCUACGUAACAUUUGUGACGAGGUAUUUAUCGUCAGCGAAAUCAACCGGUGCAGAUCGGAUCCCUCAAUCGAAGAAAUUUGGCAUAAAUGUAUUGGCAACCAGCCCAUGCGAAUAGUGUGCACUAAAUCGGAAACUGAACUGGACGGCGAAGAAAUUAUAAGGGAUCCUAAAAUGCCCGCCAGGGUAAUCGAAGAGACCAGGCGGCUGUUAGAUCGGACUGAGCAAGUUAGAAGAUCACUUAGGAGGUUGGGCCGGCGUCGGCGUGAUUCAUCUGGAGCACAGCAGGCGCGGUACGCUCUACGGGAGGCAGAACAAAAUGACGAGCUAGGAAGGCUAGAGCUCGAGCGCAAGACGCUUCUUAUCAACGCACGCAACGAAAUAUCGAGGACGCAUCUAUCCAGAAAAUAUCAGACCAACGUUAAGGUUUUCUGUGUGAGCAGAGAAUUGUACGAGAAUUACCGUGGAGGCGAGAGGGGGCAAGCAGCCGAGUAUAUCCGGCUGAGCGGCAUCCCUGAGUUGCGACAAUAUUGCCAACUAGUACCAGCAGAUGCGCAGUUCCGAGAAACAGAUACCUUUCUCAGAAUACGUGUGCCGGCCCUUCUUGGAUCUCUGAACCAAUGGGUACUGGCAGGAGCAAAUGACGUUACAGCUGACAGGGCCGAAACCCUACGCCAGGUUCUGGAUGAGGCGCAGAGGACUUUGCAUUCACGCCUCAUAUCUCGUCGUUCGUGCAUCCGGUCCAUUAAAACAGAGCUUGAGACCAUGUUCAACAUAUCCACCAUCCGUUACAUUCGUGACUUACAAGUGCAAGAAAGAUGGAAGGAUGGAGCCAUUAGAGCAUCUCGAGACUGGGAUUCUAUGCAUCACCCGAGCUAUUCCGCAUUUUGUCGAAAAUAUGGAGUCCAUCAAAUUGGCAAAGAAAGUGUGCGUUAUUGGAACAACGAAAUUCUUCAGGGUGCGAGCGAGGAGCUCGAUCAGUGUUGGAGCACACUGAUUGAAUGGCUAAAUCACCGACAAAAUACCACUGAAGAUGAAAUUUAUACUAUAUUCAAUUCUGUGUCUACUUCAAUUGAAGCGUAUACGCACCUCUCACCGGCAUCCAUUGAGAACCUCCUUGAUAACCUGGACACUCAGAGAUGCGGCAUAGCUUAUACCACCCAAAGAGCAUUGGAACAUCUUCUACUUCAAACUAGACGAAUCACUCGGGAUGUCCUUGACGGACACAGCAGCAGCUCGUAUAUUGCAGACAUCAUGCGUCCGGCUUAUCAAUAUUGUAACAUGGAAUCAGGCACCGGGAGCGAUCGCCGACGAAAGGACCACAUGAAAGAGUACGUACGGGGUCAAAAAAUAUUUCAACAGUUGCCUGCGAGGUUUGAAAUGGAUUACAAGGUCAUUAUAAAUACUGCUUUCGCUGAUUUGGAGCGCAAGCUGAAUGAGGAGGUACGGAAUAUCACCCGGGAUUUAGGAGGGGUCAUCGCAGUUGAGGGCGAGGUACCAGAGGCCAGACGGGAGCUUGGGCUGGCACAGAGAGUGAGAGAUGGGGUCUCGCAGUUGCAGGCUCAAGUGAAUGAGGCUCACUUGAUUCUUAAUCGAUUGCGAGGGCGCACUACACGGUCAGCUUAG